AUGGCGUCCUUGAUCAGCAUUCAACGUGACAUCAUUCUAGGUGCCAUCCGCCAUGCCGCAGGAAACGAGUGGAAAGUCCUCGUCGUGGACGAAAAGUCGAAAAAGCUUCUUUAUAAUACCGUGAAGGAAGACGAUGUCCUAAACAACAAUGUUACAAAUGUUGAGCAGAUUGAGCACCCUCGGCGGCCGAAUCACGAUAUGGAUGCGCUAUAUUUCCUAUCUCCCCAACCGCAUAUAAUAGAUUGUCUCAUGGCCGACCUCGAACGUGUGCGCUAUCGAAAAUUCUUUGUGGUUUGGACAGCGAUUUUGGAACCCCAACAACGUGCUAGACUGGACCGAUCUCAGAUGGCUCGCGAUAUGAUUGUUUCAAUGCAUACUCUGAACGUCGACUUUUACCCCCGCGAAUCGAGAGUAGCUACCUUCCGAGAUCCGUACAGCUUUCCUAUUCUCUUUCACCCAGCCUGCAACAACCUAGUACGGGAGCACCUAGGGGAACUAGCUCGAAAAAUUGUGUCCCUCUGCGUGGUUUUGGGUGAAUAUCCUGUUAUCCGUUACUAUCGACCUCAAGCGCCUACGCACGAGGCCGGUGUUCUGUGCUCCCAUCUGGCACGUUUCGUCCAGGACGAGAUUGAUAGCUAUGCAAGCACCAAUCGCAAUUUUCCACCACAAAGCCCGAGACCGCGAGGUGUACUUUUAAUAGUCGACAGGUCUUUGGAUCUUUACUCUCCUCUGGUCCACGAAUUCACGUAUCAAGCCAUGGCACAUGAUCUGCUUCCAAUCAAAGAAGGCGACAAAGUUACAUAUAAAACGGUAAUAAACGAGGGCAGCACGAAAGAGCAAGUCACGGACAUGGAAAUUGGCGAGCACGAUCGAGUAUGGGUUGAUUACAGGCAUCUCCAUAUGAAAGACGUAUUGGAGAAGUUAGCCGACGACUUUGCUAGAUUUCGAGCAGCGAAUCCGCAAUUUGCAGAAGAGAAUGAUAAAGUCACAGUCAAUACUAUCAAGGACAUGCUAGCGGGUUUGUCUGACUUUCAGGAAGGGAAAAAUGCUUAUACACUUCACUUGAACAUGGCGCAAGAAUGUAUGAACUUUUUCCAGGAGCGUAACUUACUAGAGCUUAGCUCAGUCGAGCAGAGCCUGGCUACCGGUUUGGAUGAAGAUUAUAAAAAGCCGAAGAAUCUCGCCAUUCAACUGGUUCGCCUUAUCGAUGAACAAUCGGUUGUCACACCUGACCGUCUACGGCUGAUUCUGUUGUAUUUGCUUUACCGAGAUGGCCUGCUCAAAGGCGAUAUUCGCAAGUUGCUUGCUCAUGCAAAGCUUCCACCGCAAGACGCUGAAAUCGUUUAUAAUCUCGACCUUUUAGGCGCCAGAGUCGAAAAACCGCUAAAGGAUACAAAGCCUCCGACCCAGCCACUGUUCCCACCCAAACAACCGGCAGCCACUGAAGAACAAGAUAUCAGCCUUUCCAGGUUUGAACCAAACGUGAAGCGAAUGCUUGAAGAACAAAUCAAGGGCACCUUAGAUUCAACCAUAUUCCCUUAUACUCGCCCCCAUACAGAUACUGAUAGUGUGAUGCGCGAUCAAAUAUCGCAAUCAUCACUGAGAAGCGCAAAACCUACUUGGGCUCGGACUCGCGGAUCAGGCGACCAGCCACGUCAACGCAUUGUAGUCUUCAUGGCCGGUGGAGCGACCUUUUCCGAAGCCCGAGCAUGUUAUGAAGUGUCCCAGACCUCAAAUAAGGACAUUUUCUUAGCAACUUCCCACAUGCUAAAUCCAGGAUUGUUCAUUCGUCAAAUCGGAGAUUUGAGCGUGGACAAAAGACGACUUGAUAUUCCAGCAGAACGGCCGAAGCCAACAGCUCCUGAACAUCUUUUCGAAAAGGAGCCGCCUCCAGUACCCAAACAGCCGCCACCACCUGCUAAACAGCCGUCAGCUGCCGCCCAGGCUGCCGCCACUACUGCGUUUGCAAAUAUGAACCUCAACGGACAGGCACCGUCGUCAAAUGGCGGUGCUACGCCUAAACCGCCUCCUGGAAAAGUCAAGAAAGAAAAAAAACAUCGUUUUUUUUGA